AUGCUCGACAAUCCGACCUACUCCUCCGAGAACCGACACCGUGCGACCAUGCGAUGCGAGUUGAGUCGAGUUAGCAGCACGUUCCGGGGAAGAUAUCCUUUCCACGUUUCCCUCUGCACGCUCGAUGCCGGGACUAACGAAGGUAAUCCAUUGCCUGUCAUGUGAUGUCAGUUCCGCCGCUCCAGAGAGAGUGAGAGGUAAGUAAAGCGCGCGUCAGUUUUGUGUCAAGCGUCAUAACCGAUAAUCUCAGGUUUGUUCUUUUUUUCUUUCUGCUGCUUCACCUGAAUAAAUAUCGUGUCCGGGUUUAUCAAUUCGAGCAGAUUUCUGGAUUAUAUUCGAGUAUAAUGAUGGUUUCUGCGAAACCAACAAUGAAUCCAAUCAAGUCAGCGCUACUGGCCAGUCUCAAUCUAAUAAAUCCACCGAAGAUUGUGUGUGUGUUUUCAGAUUGAAAUAAACGCCCUGGCGACCUUUCCCCUCCGUCGACUAGCUGCGAAUCCAAAUUAAGAAUAAACAACAAUUCGAAAGCACAUUUAUUACUUGCUUCCCAAAGCAACAACCAGCAAAAAGCGAGAAAAUAAAAUUCAAACGAAUUCACGAGCAAAACGAAACGAAAAAUGAAAAUUCAAAAUAGUUUAAAAUUUAUUUUUAAAUUUCGUGUCCGCCGAAACACAAACACACACGUUUUUGCCACGUUUGACGACACACAGUCAGUCAGUGUGGCCGCGUGUUUCAGCGCCAGAGUGAAAUUCAGCAGACAUCAGCUAGUAGCUGCGACCUUGCUUUCCCUGGCAGAAGUGUUUCUCUCUUAAUUUGCUUGUCUGUAGUCCGAUUUAUCGUCCUAGAAUGGACCAGCAGCAGGUUGACCUGCGGCUGGAUUCCGUCUGCCGGUUCUGCCUUAGCGCAGAAGGACAGCUGUAUCUGCUGUUUGGACUGCACAAGAAUCCCGAGGUGGUCACGCAGAACGUGCGACAGUUGACGACGGUCGAGCUCUCAACCGACGACAACGUCGACUACAAGAUUUGCGCCAACUGCUGCACCAGCCUCGAACUUUGCGUCAAAUUCCGCCAGACGUGCAUCCAAGCCACCAAAACCCUAGAAGAAAUCAACGCCCUCAAUCUCGCCUUCAACAUCAAAUCCCUAAUCCCGCAACCCCCGCUCGAAAUCAAACAGGAACUUCCAGAACCACCAACGGAAGCCACUCCACCAGCCUCCUACCUGGACCACCAUUUGCUGUUCAACCGCGACGACACCAUCGAUCAAGUCAGCCUAGAGCAGUACGGACUGAACUUUGUUUCACCAGCAGCGCUGCCUCCACUGCUCGAAACCGAAAGCUGGCCAUCGGAGCCUUCUUGGAUCGGAUUUCCCUGGGAACAGAACGACCUGACAUUCGAAGCCUCAUUUCCACCACCGCCAACUUUGUUCCACCACCAGCAAGCGAUGACCGCUGUGCAGCCGUUUAUGACCCCCUCAGGCUCCCAGCAACAACUGCAAUCCUUCCAAAAAAUUGUCCGAUCCAAGUAUUUCUGCAAAAUCUGCGAGAAGCACUUUUUCCAGCGAAACGUCCACAUGCAGCACCACGAACGGUACAGCCGGAACUGCUUCCAGUGUUUGGACGAGAAACUAAUCGGUGCGUACCAACCGGAAGCGGCUUCCAAGCGGCACACGUGCGAGAUCUGUCUGGUGGUGAAGGAGAGCUGCGCCGACUUCCUGCAGCAUGCAAUCGCUCACCACGCCGAGGAACACCGGGCUAGGGAUUCGUACAAGUGUGACCGGUGCGACAAAGUGUUUGUCCUGAAGGCGGAAAACAGCCGCGGAAAGGUGCACAACUGCGUCAAGAAGCUGCGCUGUCCGCACUGUCCGCAGACGUUUUACUACGCGAAAAGCUACAAGAAACAUCUGCAGUUUUACCACAACGUUGGCCAGGUGGAGGAAACGAGUACGAGGGCAAUGGAUGGGGAGGGGCCAACGGGUGAGGUUAAGCAUUAG